AUGGACAGAGCCUCAUCCAGCUCUGCUGGGGCUACUCCGCCCGACUUGGACGGCCUCCUCGAUGACUUGACAAUCUCGAGAACCAUCCUCGCCUCCCUCCAAGAAGGCCCCCAGGACAGCGACACCCAGAGACAGAUUGCAGAAGCCAAGAAGGAGGUUGCCAGAUUGCAGAAGGAUAUAAGCAGAGCUCGAGGCAACACUCAAGGUCCCACAUUGCCCCCGCCGCCUGCUCCUCUUCCCACAUUUGCUGACCUUGAGGCAGGCUCCAAGAGGGCAGCCAACCCCAACGGCGCCAUGCAGCAGUGGUAUCGGCAGGAUGAUUAUGGUGGCCCAAGUUCCUACUCGAACUCCGGAAACCUCACGCCCGCCAGCGCUUCUACGUCGGGUUCUGCCUUUGGCCAGAAGAAGCGGACCUUCGGUGCCCAUCUCGAUGAUGACGCUUCCUCCGGCUCCCGUGUCAAGUCUCGAAGAACGACCCCGAGUCCCCAACACACCGCGAUUACUACUCCGUCUGUGGGAGACGACUUCUGGGCGGACGAUGCCUCGGUUAUUGACCUGACUGGUGACGACGCCGAUAUCGAGCAGCUCUUUGAGCAACAAAAAGCAGCUUUUGCGCAAGUCGAACAGGCCAAGGCAGAUGAGAGAUUUGCUAGAUCACUCCAGAAUAACCUGCAGAAUGACUCUUUCUCGAAUUCUUCGCCUGCGUCACCAGCACCUACUGGACCCACUGCCUUUGACAGGAUCUUGAGUCGUCCUUCGCAAUCAUCCCAGGGCCAACCACCGCUCCCGUCUUCCCAGGACCGUGAUCCAUUCGGUCUGAACAAUGGUUAUCCAGCUGGAUCGAGUCAACCGCAAUCCCGCAUGCCGGGGUCGUUCGACUUUGACGACGAAGAGGAUUAUUUUGAUCCCCCGGCACACAGCCUACCUUCCCAGUCCUUCGGCGCCUACGGUGGACCGAGUUACGGAUCGUCGAACGCGUCCCUGCCGACUAUGGGUCCGCCGAAUACUGGAUUUUCGACCAUGGGUGUGUCUCCUUUCUCCAGUCCCUUGCCCGGCAUCAAUUAUGCAUCAAACAUCUCAGCUGCAGAUUUGGCAAGGCAGGCCGCCCUUUCCCGUCACCAAGGCUACCUUCCUUCUGGCGGAUAUGGAACCACGGCCAAUGGUGUUGGUCUGCCUGGUUUCAGUUCUGCUAACGGGUUCGCAGGUUACGCCGGUGAUGUUUCCCCAAUGGCAUCACUGGGUAAUCGACCAGGAACCCUAAAUUCAGGCAACUACGCUCCCUUGCAGACCUGGGGUGCUAACGGCAAUCCCUAUGCAGCUGCUCCGUCGCCACAGGUUCCUUCCGGAGGUUAUCUGCCCGAUGUGAUCAACCUGGCCAACGACAUUGACUGGGUCAACGGUCUUGAUGCUUUGGGCAACCCCCUGAGUGCCAACCUCAGGUCUUACUACGAAGAUCUACACGAUGACCCCAGAAAGACAGCCGAGGAAAUCAAGGACCUUCUUGCGAACAUCCGGCCCGACGAGGACAUUCCUGAGGAGGACCGUAUUGGUACCCCCCGAGCAGCUCAGAUAUGCUUUAUGGGCCUCGGGAAAACAAUUUCAGCGCUUGCUCUGAUGGUGAGCCGUCCGUCGUCUGAUAGAAUCAAGACGAACCUCAUCGUGGGACCUAUUGCGCUGCUGAAGCAGUGGGAAAUCGAGAUCAAGAAGAAGCUCAAGCCAAACCACCAUUUAAGCGUUCUGCUGCUGCAUAACAAGACUAUGAGAUACGAAGACAUUCGCAAUUACGACGUAGUCCUGACGUCGUAUGGAAAGGUAGGCGCCGAGCAGAAGCGUUUUGAGAGGUGGAUAGCGCAACACCCGGGAGCCAGGCCCGAACGUGAUGCAGAGCUGGCCAAGAGCUGCCCGCUCCUGCACCCCAACAGCAAAUUCUAUCGAGUGAUUCUUGACGAGGCUCAGUGCAUCAAGAACGACAAGACGCUCCAGGCAAGAGGGUCGUGCUCCCUCAGAGGCACCUACCGUUGGUGUCUGACGGGUACUCCGAUGAUGAACGGUAUCCAUGAAUUGUUUUCUCUCAUCAAAUUCCUAAAGAUCAAGCCUUACCACGAGCAGAAGGAGUUCAACAAGACCUUUGGGAGCCUGACCCCCCGGACGAGCCGAGGACGUUCUGCCGGAGAAUGCACCAAGACGAAAGCCAUGGACGCCCUUCGUGUCCUGCUGAAGGCUAUUAUGCUCCGACGGAUGAAGUCUUCUACGCUUGAUGGGAAGCCGCUAGUCACGUUACCCCCGAAAAUGGAGGAAGUCGCUCACGUCGAAUUUUCAGACGACGAGCGACAGUUCUAUACCGAUUUGGAGUCAAAGACGAGGAUCACGUUCAACAAAUACCUUCGUGCGGGGACUGUCGGAAAGAACUACAGCAACAUCCUCGUGUUGCUCCUGCGUCUUCGCCAGGCUUGCUGCCAUCCACAUCUGAAUCUCGACGUCGAAUACGUCGGCAACAACGAGGUCACCGAACAGGACAUGAACGCGCUAGCCAAGACCCUGGCCCCUGACGUAGUAGCCCGCCUCAAAGCACAGAACGAGGAAGGUUUCAAGUGCCCCAUAUGCCUCGACGCGGUCAUUGAUCCGACAAUCGUUCUACCGUGUGGACACAACACCUGUGCAGAGUGCUUCACCACCCUUGCGGAGAGGGCUGUCGACAACAACAUUCGGGCCGGCGAGGAAGGUAGCACCUUCAGAUGUCCGGAGUGCCGCGGAGCUGUCGAUCCGAAGAGGGUUAUCAACUUGACAUCGUUCAAGGAAGUUCACAUGCCUGAGCCAACAGCUGUGGAUGAGGCUGAUAUCGAGACUGCCUCAGAGGGAAGUUCCACAGAAGAUGACGAGUCCUCCGACUCUGACUCCGAUUCUGAAUCCGACUCCGACCUGGAUGACUCUGACGUCGACCGCAAUGGCAAUUUGAAGGACUUCAUUGUCGAUAACGAUGACGAGGAAGAGCCUGCUGAAGACAGCGAUAACGACGACGAUCUGUCCAUCAACCGACGUGCCAACAAGGCGCCGAAGACAUCCGGAAGGGGCAAGAAGCCUAAGCGCAAGUCCAAGGGCAAGAGCAAGAGCAAGAGCAAGGGCAAGUCCAAGGGCAAGGGCAAAGAAAAGAAGGAGGAAAUCAAACCUCACAUGCUCAAGAGCUUGCGAACCGAGGCCAGAAAGAACAAAUCCGAGUACAAGAGGUACAUGCAUUACCUCAAGAAGAAUUGGAUGCCAUCAGCCAAGGUAUCGGAGUGCUGCAAGAUUCUGCAGGACAUUCGAGAGAGCGGGGACAAGACCAUUGUCUUCUCUCAGUUUACCUUCUUGCUCGAUCUGCUCGAGAUACCCAUCAAGUAUGAGCUUGACCUCAGAUACUGCAGAUACGACGGAGGCAUGUCACGUGCCCAUCGGGACGCUGCUGCUCAGGAUUUCCAGGACCCCAACUCCCGCACGAAGGUCAUGCUGGUGUCUCUGAAGGCAGGAAACGCAGGCCUCAACCUCACAGCUGCGAACCACGUGAUCAUCAUGGAUCCCUUCUGGAACCCAUACAUUGAGAUGCAAGCCGUGGAUCGCGCCUAUCGUAUAGGUCAGCAGAAGCCUGUCAAGGUUCAUCGCCUCCUAGUCGAAGGAACUGUCGAGGACCGUAUCGCCGAUCUCCAAGAGCAGAAGCGCAAAUUUGUCGACGCCGCUCUCGAUGAGGGUGAAAGCAAGAACCUGGGCAGACUGUCGACUCGCGACCUACAGCGCCUCUUCAACGGAGAUUAG